AUGGCUGUUGACGACACCCAACGACUUUUCCAGGUCUGGGAUUACGUGGUGUUCGGGCUGAUGCUGGCCGUGUCAGUCUUUAUCGGCAUCUAUUACGGCUGCACCGGCGGCAAGCAGAAGACGACCAAGGAGUUCCUACUGGCCGACCGCAACAUGAACCCCAUCCCUGUGGCCAUGUCGCUGGUGGCUAGCUUUAUCUCAGCGAUCACGGUGCUGGGCACACCGGCCGAGACUUACAUCCACGGCACCAUGUUCUGGCUGUUUGGGUUGGCCUACAUCUUGACAGGGAUCGCCGUUACAAGGUUGUUCCUGCCUGUCUUCUAUCGCUUGGGUGUAACCAGUGCAAACGAGUAUCUCGAAAAGCGCUUCAACAAGGUGGUUCGUGUUGCAGGAACUCUCACCUACUUCCUUCAAAUGGUCCUUUAUAUGGGUAUAGUCAUCUAUGCUCCAGCUCUGGCAUUUAACGCAGUGACCAAUCUCAGCUUGUGGGGGUCCGUGGUUGCCAUUGGUGUGGCCUGCACAUUUUAUACUACAGUUGGCGGCAUGAAGGCUGUACUUUGGACUGAUGCCUUCCAAAUGUGCGUAAUGAUGGCAGGAUUUCUGGCCGUCAUCAUCGAAGGCUCCCUGCGUCUAGGUGGAUUCAUACAGGUCUGGAAGAUCGCUGAAGAAGGAGGACGCAUCGACUUCUGGAAUUUUUCUCCAGACCCCUCUAUCCGGCAUACUUUCUGGUCGAUUGUAGUCGGAGGGUGCUUCACAUGGACGGCAGGAUACGGCGUUAACCAAUCACAGGUCCAGCGAUACCUGACGCUUGGAAACUUACGGAGGUCCAGAAUCUCACUAUACCUCGCAAUUGUCGGCAUGAUAAUCGUGGUGUCAUGCGCCUGCUCAGCCGGUCUUGUGAUGUAUUCCUACUACGCCAACCAGCGAUGUGAUCCCUACACAUCCAAUCAAAUCGACCAAACAGAUCAGCUUAUUCCCAUCUUUGUGAUGGAACUAUUUGGAGGUUUACCAGGCCUGCCUGGGUUGUUUACAUCCUCUGUCUUCAGCGCAGCGUUGAGCACUGUCUCCUCGGGGCUGAACUCGCUCGCGGCAGUGACUGCGGAGGACCUUGUCAGACCCUGUUUCAAGAAUAUGCAAGAGGAGCGAUACACACUCGUAACUAAAGGGAUAGCUAUGGGAUUCGGAUUACUAAGUUUGCUGGCUGCGUACAUUGUAUCUCUCCUAAACAAAGGAGUCCUUCAGUUGGCUCUAAGUCUCUACGGCAUGACGGGCGGGCCACUGAUGGGAAUCUUCAGUCUUGGAAUGUUCUUCCCUUGGUCUAACUCGAAGGGUGCUCUGACUGGUCUCAUCUGCGGACUCGCCAUGGCCUUCUGGGUAGGCAUUGGCGCGCAGAUCUACCCGCCCGAGGUCUACAAGCCCCCGCUUGUCAUUGACGGCUGUUACUCUACGAACGCAACCAACUCCACGUUCGAUGGUAUGGGCCCGACGGCCAUGCCAGGCUUUACAACUAUGACGCGUAACGAGGAACCCAGGCCCGCCAUUGCUGCUUUGUACACUCUGUCAUACUCAUGGUACAGCUGCACGUAUUGGCUGAUCACCGUGGUUGUUGGCCUGCUCGUCAGCUUCCUAACCGGAGCCAACAAGUCUAGCGAUAACGACCCGAUGCUAUACCAACACAUCGCCGAUGCAUGCUACUGUUGCCUGCCGGAAGUUAUUAAAAAACCCAUGCGCUGUGGACAGGACAAACUGGAAUUCGAGGAAGAUGAUGACACAAGGGACAUUGCAUACUGCGUGAAAGAGGUUGAUGACGUCAGGACGUCGCAGGACUUCCAAAUGAAUGACUACAACGGAGUGGGGAUGAUUACCAACUUGAAGUACGUACCUAAGCCGGAUAAUCCGGAGGAGAACGCCUACGAUAAUCCCAUUGAAGACGACUCGGACCAACCCGCCACUCAAAUGUAGGCCAGGUGUCUUUGCCUCCCUGUGCAUGUUGAUGAGCCCGAUAAAAACAUGCAAAUUUGGUCCAAAUUUGAAAAAUAACAAGAGCUUGGGUUGUUUAUACUUCAUUAAUUUCAAGUACUAGUCACAAGUCACAAACUGCAAAUGUCUGCCAAGUGCUACUAUUUCAAUAUAUCACUUUCAGCGGAUUAGUCCUACGUAGUGAAGCAAAAGAACCCCUCUCGUUACAUUAAUACAAUCUGUAGCAUAUCGCCAAGAAUUAAUUGAAAAUUAAAUGAAUGAAAAUGAAUGAAAUCAUCAUUAACUGCUAUAGAGAAAAGGCCCCUCGGGUGCCAUUAUACAGUAAGGUUCCAUUUGGUGGACAGUAAAUAAGAGAGAUUAAAACUUUAAAUAUUGCCUGGCUUUGGAAUAUAAAUUUAAUUAGGAACUGUUUCAUUUAGAUGUCUCUAUAUUUACCCAGAAAGUAACCAUACAAAGCUCUUUGUGUGAACAGUAACUUUUGUAACAAAUAUUCAGGGAUUUUCAGAGGCCAUUUUUAAGUGUAUUCGUGUACACUUAAAACACGUACAUGUAGUGUAGAAUAAUUUGACAAUGUGUAAAAAUAAUACUAACCCUAUAAAUAUUGGUCUAUGGUUUUGUCUUAAAACAUUUAAAAUGGUGGACUACGACAAUAAGAAAACUACAAAUCCUUUUACUGGCUACAAGACCGAAUUAUUUAAAUUUUUUUAAUUGGUAUCUUUCAAUAAGUAGGUUUUAGAAAACUUGACCGAUCUUCCGUUUCUUAAAUUAAAGGAGUUUGCUGUUAGUAAGUGUAUGUAAAGGAAUAUGCUUGACGAUUUCCAUGUAAACGUACUGGACUAUGAGACGCACGCUCAAAGCAAUAAUUUCUUUCCAGCCAACAAUUGAUAAACCUACAAUAAUAACGAGUAAUAAGGUCAUCCUAAUGGAUAAUAUUUUCACCGACAGCACUGAGCCUCAUUCCACUGGAAUCAUAAUAUCUAAGUUAUUAGUGAUCAUCUACCUAUUUUUACAUUUGGGCCCAAAUUGAUAAAACCAAAGAAAAACAUUUCUUUAAUUGAAAAAGAAAUAUUUGCCCCUCAAAUAUGAAUAACCCUAAAAACAAAUUAACUAACACUGAUUGGAACUCGGUACUGUUGACGGAAAAUGUUGAUGGAUGUUAUACGAGCUUCAUACAAAAGCUACAUUAUUUAUUUGAUGAACGUUACAAGAGAUUUAUAACCACGUAAAACAUCAAUGUUAAUCCAUGGAUGACAAUGGGGCAGUUAAAAUCAAUAAGACGGAACGAACAUUAUAUAAACAAUAUCCCAGUAAUCUCAUGGAUACCAGUAAGCAUAAAUACGUUAGAUAUACGAACAAACUUAAUAACGUCAUGAGAACAGCUAAGAAAUUAAAGAUUUUACCAAGAUGUUUAACAAACAAAAAAUAACAUAACUAGUACUUGGAAACUCAAGUAAAAUACAAUAAGCAUCCAGCCCCCACUGCGUUCAAAAUAAACAACGCCAGCAUUGUAGAUCCCAAAACAAUUGCUGACCAGUUUAAUUUUUCACAAAUGUAGGCCCUUAACUAGGUCAAGGGAUCCCUGAAUCCAAUGUAGACCCACUGGAUUAUAUUAGCGAGGAUUUCCUUAAUUCCUUGUUCCUUACGCUAGCCUGAUCAACUGAUGAAAUUUAUAAUUGUAU